CUUCUAGCUCUUAUUCUCUUGCUCUUGCUCUUCUUUGUUCCUUGCUUACUGGUCCUUUAUGCUUACUCUUUCUUUUCAUCCUAUUUUACUUUUCCUCUCUUUUCUCUCUUCACUUUAAUCUUUCUUUUUUUUUUCUUUUUGUACAUGUUUUUAUACGUUGCAACAGUAACUGAUAUCGUUGUCCCGUUCUUUCUCUUUCUGUCUGUUGUUUACCAGUCAUUCCUUUUCUCUUUACUGCCAGCCUCUUCUAGAAAAAACAUACAUAAGCGACAAGGCAACAGAGCAACAAAACAACAAAGCAACGAAGCAACGAAGCAACGAAGCAACGAGGCAUCAUUGCACCAAUACUUCAUAUUAUUAUUCUCUCUUAGCAUUCUACUUUUUAUUCCCCAAAACAGCACCUGAUAAGCAGCCUGUACUCUCUCCAGUUACCAGUGUGCAACAGUGGUAUAAACAAAGGAAAAGGGCUUAGAAUAUUAUAUUGACGAUGGAGAGCAUUACUCAAUGGGAUGUCAACAAGGUUCAUCAAUGGAUGUGCUCGAUCGGGUUCCCAAACUAUGAGAAACAGAUUAAAGACAAUGGCAUCUCGGGAGAUUUACUCAUUCAUCUAGAUCAUGCAGCACUCAAAGACUUGUCCAUAUGGGAAGUGGGCAAACGACUUGUGAUCCUCAAGGCUAUUUAUCAACUUAAGGUCUCAUAUGGCAUCGCGAUGGAGGCCGGUGACUAUGUUCCACCAAGCGUUGCAUUCGAAAACGAAUACAAUUACACGGCGGCUGCAAGCUUAAAGUCUGUUGAACAGGCAAUGCAUGAGAAAGAUAAUACAAUUCAACAUCUAGUAAGGGAAGUCGAGCGGAUGUCAAAAGACUUGACCAAAGUCAAGGAUGAACUCUGGAUCAUGCAGAAGGAUCAAAAGCCUCUACCUGAACCCAGCAACUCUGGAUACCCCAAGGCCAUGAACAUGAACAUAAACGGCGGGCAAUCAUCCUCAAUGCUCUCAGCAUCACAGUCAGCGCAUAAUGGCAGUUCACCUCUUACACCUCAAUCUCCUAUUCAUGCCUCGCAUGGUGGUGUCAACACAGCACGAUCGCCUGGCUUCUCUUCCGACUCUGGAUUUCAUUCUGUUCCAAGCUCACCACAUUCGCCUGCUGAUACACGGACACGAGGCGGCAAUGCAGAGUCAAAUGAGGAUGGCAAAGCAACAGGAUCAGCGGGCGUUGAUGGUGCUGGCGCUAUCAAGGUCUAUGGCCAAAAGCCAUCAAACACGAGGGAUCCUGUGGAUGCAUUCAGGAGUUUCAGGAUUUCACAGGAUGACCCUUGUUACAAGGUCUUACCUGCAGCAUUGAAAAAGUAUAAGAUUAACGACGAUUGGCGCCAAUAUGCACUCUUUAUUUGUUAUGGAAACACUGAACGUAUCUUGACGUACAAUGAAAAGCCGCUACUCCUAAUGAAGCAAUUGAAGGAAAACAACGAAUCACCAGUGUUUAUGCUCAAACAUAUCAAACAGAUGAAGUCGCCCGCUGUUAAUGCACCUUCACCACCCAAUUCAUUUCCACCCCGGAAGAGCUCAGAUUUGAUGAAUAAGGAAUUACCAAUGCCACCAGAAGCCUUGGGAGGACUGGGAGGAAUGAAUGCUAGUUCAUUGUCGAUUGCUUCUGGAUCAACCUUAGUAGGAUCAACCGUUGGUUUGAAUAAUAAUUCGCUAUCUCCUAUUAAUGGUGGCGGCGCUUCACUUGCUCGAUCAGGUACAUCAGCAUCUAUGAGAACAUCUAGUAAAUCGAUUGCUAACACCUCAAGCAUGCAUACAGGUCAGCAUGGUAGGGGUGGUGGUGAAGGCUCAUCAGCAUUAUCUAAUACUCAGUCCAACACCAAUAAUGCAACGAUUGUCGGACCCAAGCCUGAGAACUAUGUACAAGAAACAGUGGAGGCUUCAGGGACAGCAGUGGCGUUGUAUGAGUGGGAGGCGAAACGAGAUGAUGAAUUGAAUGUCAAGGUUGGAGAUGUAUUCAAGAUCAAGAGCAAAGGACAUGGAUGGUGGAUUGUGCAGCGGGAUGACGAGAUUGGAUGGAUCCCAGCCAGUAUCUUGUCAGAGAGUAAUUCAGAGGAUGGGUACUUUUCAGCCGAGGGGGUUGCCAUCUUUGAUUUCACAAAAACCGGACCAAAUGAAUUGAGUAUUAAGACAGGAGAUAAACUUAAAAUCUUCCGUCGACAUCAGCAUUGGCUUCUGGCAACAUGUGAAGGACAGCGUGGAUGGGUGCCAAGUUGGUUUGUUAGCUUGGACUCGCAAUAAACAAACAAUCAAACAAAAAUCUAUUAAGCAAAUA